UCUCUUUCCCCUCCUCCCUUUCUCUCUGCAAGUCAAUCACUACUUUCCCAGAGCAGGAGAGCUGGUGGACAGUGCUCGGAGCCACAAGGCUGACCAGAAGAUUCAGAAGCUCCAGGAGUGAUCACCAGAGGCCAGAGCAAGUUACACGAAGGGGAUCCAGACACCACUCGUGGCAGCGGCUCCAUCUCUUCAUCCAUCCCUUCACCUAUCCCUCCGUCCAUCCAUCCGUUCCUCAUCCCUCCAGGCUGCCUGUAGGGGGUGUAUGAGGCAGCCGCUACACAGCCUUACCAACACAGACCUCAUGCCUUGUUUUUCACAUCGCUGUUGAGUUCUCACAUUGCUGUCAGAAAAGCGAAAAGUGAACGACCAACUUCUCCUACUGGAGUUACGUACUGUCCAGAACCUGACCUUGUGACCUAGCGACCUUGUCACUAAAACCCACGGCGACCAGACACCAGAGGACACGACCACACUACCACCACCACCACCACCAUGCUGGUGCUCUUCCUCACCCUCCUCUUCCUCGCCCUCCCGCCACCCAAUCACAGCUCGUCGUCUCCCGCCUCAGCCCCCUCAGCCUCGGCCAAUGGUGGCGCUCCCAGCUCCCUUGCAACCAGCAGCAGGGUCCCCAGGGACACCAAGCAGCAGCCAAUCAAGGUGCUGAUCUCGGACGGCUGCACCCAGGGGGACUCGGAAGGCAGAGAGCUGGAGCUGGACCCCGGCUCCCCGCUGGUGCUGACCCACCGGAUCCGGCUGGUGUCGGGCGGGGAGGGGGGCGGCGGGGGCGCGGGGGGCUGCAGCAGCUGCGACGACAUGCUGGCCAAGCUCCGCGAGCGGAUAGAGCGCCUGGAGAGGGAGGUGUCCGACCUGCGGGAGAAGUGCGGAGGACCCGAGGGGGGAGGAUGCUGCGCCUCGGAGCAGAGCAAAGGUCCGGGCUGCACGGUGCGCCCGGCGACGUGUCCGGACGACUGCAGUGACCAGGGCCGCUGCGUGGACGGCAGGUGUGUCUGCUUCGAGGGCUUCUCGGGAGACGACUGCAGCCAGGCCGCCUGCGAUCCCCCGUGCGACAGGGGCAAGUGCGUCAACGGCCAGUGUGUGUGCGACGCCGGCUUCACCGGCCUGACGUGUUCCGAAUCAGCCUGCUCGCCUGCGUGCGUCAGAGGCCGCUGUGUGAACGGCAAGUGUGUGUGUGAUCGUGGAUUCACGGGGCCUGACUGUAGCGAGGCCGCUUGUGUGCCUGCUUGCGUCAGAGGCACGUGUGUGAACGGCCAGUGUGUGUGUGAUCCCGGAUUCACCGGUCCAACGUGCUCUGACGCCGAGUGUGUCCCCGCGUGCGUCAGAGGCACGUGUGUCAACGGCCAGUGUGUGUGCGAUCCCGGAUUCACCGGUCCAACGUGUUCUGACGCUGAGUGUGUUCCUGCGUGUGACCGGGGCACGUGUGUGAAUGGCCAGUGUGUGUGCGAUCCCGGAUUCACCGGGCCAGCAUGCUCUGAGGCCGCGUGCGACCCCGCGUGCGUCAGGGGCCGGUGUGUGAACGGGCGGUGCGUGUGUGAUGCAGGGUUCACAGGCGCCGACUGCAGUGAAGCCGCCUGUAAGCCCGCAUGCAAGAACCGCGGCAAGUGUGUGAACGGGAAGUGUGAGUGCGCGCCGGGCUUCACAGGGUCGGACUGUGGGACCAAAGGCUGCCCGAACAACUGCAGCAACAAGGGGAGGUGUGUGAGGGGCAAGUGUGUGUGCCGCAAAGGAUUCACGGGGCCGGACUGCACCGAUUGUGAGCCAGGACGGAGCGGACCCGACUGUACAGUAGGACUGACUGGAGUGACGGGUCUCACUGCCAAAGACAUAACAGACUCCUCAGCCACCCUCGUCUGGAACCAGCCGUCCGUUCCGUACGACAACUACGACAUCACCCUCACCAGCCAGAAAGAAGGGGAUAAGAUAACAUCCUCGGUGGGCGGGCGCCUCACCACGUAUACUCAGACCGGAUUGGCUGCCGGACAGGAGUACCACGUGUCAAUCACCGGAGAGAAGGAUGGACAGUCUGGUCCAGAGAGCACCACAGACUUUGUAACACUGAUCUCCAGUAUCACCAACCUGCGGCUGGUGAAGACCUCCACCACCUACGCCAUCAUCCAGUGGGACCUGCCCACCAUGGAGAUCGACCGCUACCAUCUGAUAGUGACACCUACCAGCGGUGGAACCGCUGGUCAGGAGAUCAGCCUGUCGGCGGACGUCACCUCCACCCAGAUUGACCACCUGGUGGCAGGUGUGGAGUAUGACGUCACUCUGGUGGCCGAGAGGGACGGCAUUAGGAGUGCUCCCGCAACCAUACAGGUCGUGCCGGAGGAAAUGGGAGAGACUUUAAGCAUGGUGACUGCAAACACCGAAACAAAAGUGGGACCAGUAGUACCAGGCACUGACAGGCAGAGGUUGAGGCCUGCCAGUCAGCCUCAGAAUGGGAAGCCACAGCACAGACCUGGCCCAAUCAGGCGCCCGGGCCUACCCAGACCAGCCAAUGGCGGCAAGGUGGAGGCGGGACUGAGGAGAGUACCGUCUCAUGGCCCACCGAGGAAGCCAGGAACUUAUCCUAGCACACCAAGACGCACACCAAGUCCUCAACCAGACGAGCCAACCAGCGACACAAAGCCCGGAGCAUUAACGGGGGACAAAGUGUCAACAGAGAGCAGCAAAGGACAUGGAGAGUCUCCAGGGGGACCUGACACUGGGGUAAGCAGCCCUGAGGAAACGAGGGACCCGCCAAGUGCAGCAGAGGCGCCGCGAGUCCCUGGCAUUGACACCGAGCUGCACAAAGAGAGUUCCAGAAACACCACCGCUCAUCCGAGUGGAAAGAAAUGCCAUCCCAAGCUCAUAGUUGGACACCCUCACUUGAAUGGAACAAUCAAGGCAAAGCUUCCAGUCAUUAGGAAUAUGACGCAUGCCACGGAUGAGGAGAAAGUAAGUGCGUUCUUCAAAGAGCUACAGCAGCACAGCAUCGGCCCCAGAAACACCUCGUCAGAGGAGCAAGGUAUCAAUUUGCACAUCUCAGUGUUUGAGGUUUCACCGGGACAUGAUCCAAAUAUAGACUUAAGUAAAAACGCCUUGGCAAGCACGGGCGGUGGAGGGGGGAGCAGGAACAAUGACCACAUCUCAAUCAGUACGCUUUCCCUCGGGCUCCCCAGCUCCGCAGCCCAACUCCCUCCGUCCCCAGGCAGACGCCCAGAGGCAGCUGCAGAGCUACCUCGGGAUUCCAGACACUUUGCUGAGAAUGGAAAACCUGCCUUUGCCUCUGCCUCCACUGAAUCCUCUGAUUUCAGUGAAUCUACGGAGGAUGGCGCCUUCGGGUCCUCUGGCACCUCCUCAGAAGAAUCACCUCAGGUAGCCUCAACGUCGAGGGCACGCGAAAAGGACAGGACGAGUGAAGAGUUAGCAAAUGGGCACAGCGGGACUGGCACGAGUGAGGAGCAAGAGCCUGCCGCAUCACAGCCGUCCAGCUUCCCCAAGCCAAAAUUUACCCGUCGUCCUGGUCUGGGAGCUUUCCAGAAUAGGACAAGGCCAUUUCUGGGAGGCCCUCAUUCGCCUUCCAGAGGAGGUCUGUCACACCGUGGUCAUCCCUAUCGUGGUCCAAAUGGCGGAGCAGUCAACAGAAGCCUCCCUCUUCCGACAGGAGGUGCAGGUGACACAGACACGAGCCGUCACCCCAACCAAAGACCUGGUGGUGGUGUCGUGUUCAGAAAGAGAAAUGACACGAGAGCUGUGAGACCGGGACCAAUCAGGCCGGAGUUGGCACACGCGGCCUUCACAACAGCUCCCCCUCAACCGCACUACACCACAACACCUCCACAUAGGAGUCAUCCUCAUGACAAGGUCAAGCUUGACACAUCUGAGGAAGACACAGAGACAUUCCCUCAGAGGGGUAAUGGUGAUCGUGUGAGGAACGGAGGAGGGCAUUCUCAGCCUAGACACCCUGGUCUUGUGAAUGGCAGGCCUAGACACCCUGGUCUCCUGAAUGGCAAUGGUAAAUACAAACCCAGACCUGGAGGUCCGCUGCGAAAGAGACCAUUGCUUGUCACAAAAACAACACCUCGACCAGGAACUCACUUGCCAGAAGCACCACAUGCUACAACACCCUCCACAAGGGGCAGUAUUCACCCAACUGAAGACGUAGCUGAAGGUAUCACUUCCAGGGCUCAAAGCCAGAAUGUAAAUUCGAUUGACGGGAUAGCAAAACCUGGCGUCCCCAGAAAAAGCAUACCUGAAACUGACCCAAAGCCUGGCCUUGUGUCCAGUAAGCCAAGGCCUGGCCUUGCAAUCCGAACGAGAAAUGGCACAGUUUCACAAACACCCUCAGGCCACAAGCCAGCAAGACGUCCUCUCCGGCCACACGGCAGUGCCAAGAUCAGUACCAGUGACGACCAGCAGGGGGUCGCACUAGAUCACGUUGGGGUUCACAACAUCUCCCAUAAUGCUGUUACUCUGGCGUGGGACGCACCACAAGGUCUAUUCAAUAACUUUGUUGUUACUCGGAAGACGCCUGUGAAAGGAGGGGUAGAGAGUAGAGAGUCUGAGGGGGGAGAAGGCGCGAUAGAGAGAGGGAACAAAGGGCAAGAGGGGGAGGAUGUUGCAGCAAACAUGGCUGAAACGGGAACCACUGACAUUAGUGGUUCCAGCUCUCAGCCAUCGUCCCCCAAUGAUACAUCCACCAAAGUCCUACCAGGAACUGCACGAUCCUUCCUGUUCAAGGGUCUCCACCCCCAGACCCGUUAUGUGCUGUCUGUGUUUGGCGAUGGCCCCGGGGGUCGAUCGAAAACACACAGUGUCACCAUCAACACAGGUCCGGAACCGCCCACCAAUCUAAUAUUCUCGGAUUUGACCGACACCACUGUGUCAGUGUCCUGGACCAAGCCACGAAGCCCCGUCACCGGAUUCAAAGUCACAUACACUCACACACAAGAGGGAGAGCCGGUGUCUGUGACGGUGGGAGCGUCAGAGUCCACUGUGGACCUCUCUGGGUUGACGCCUGGAUCCUCCUACGAGGUCAACAUCAUCUCUCAGCUCGACCUGGACGAGAGCGACCCCCUCAAAGACAUGCUUCACACACUACCAGACCCCCCCACAGGCCUGCAGGCCAUAAACAUCACCGACAGCAAGGCCUUACUGCUAUGGAGACCGGCACUGGCAGCCGUCGACAACUACGUCAUUGUGUAUGGCUCAGCGAACGGUCCUGAGGUGACCGUCUCAGUGUCGGGUAAUGCAGCCGCUCAGCAGUUGGAACAGCUGGAGUCGACAACGGAAUACAGCGUCACCAUCACCAGUCACCUUGGCAACCGGAAGAGUUCUGGUGCCACCACCACAUUCACCACCACAGGAGGUGGGGGUGGGCUGUUGCCUCAGGACCUCACAGCCACUCAGAUCACCCCUCGCUCUGCCCUGUUGACAUGGAAACCACCUGCUGCUACCGUGUCUGGCUAUAAACUACAGUACGCCAUUGAAGGCCAGGCUUUUCAGGAUGUGUUUGUGAGUGGGGAGCUGCUAGAGCAGCGUCUGCUGAGGCUGCGUCCAGGCUCCAAGUACGUAGUGAGGCUGCAGGCCGAGAUAGGAGGAGUCUACACAGAGGCCAUCACCACUGAAUUCACCACAGGCGCGCUGCGGUUCCCGUUCCCCACUGACUGUUCGCAGGAGCUCCUGAACGGCAUGCAUGAGUCAGGGCUGGCAGACAUCUUCCCCCUGGGGGAGGACUCCACUCCCAUCUCCGUCUACUGCGACCAGGAGACAGACGGCGGCGGCUGGACAGUUUUACAGAGAAGAAUGAAUGGCAAGGUCGACUUCUUCAAAUCAUGGAAAGAGUAUGUGAGUGGAUUCGGGGACAGAAGCGAAGAAUUUUGGCUCGGUAAUGAUCUCCUUCACAAUCUGACCAAAAUGACCCCAAUGAGCUUGCGAGUGGACAUGCGAGCAGAGGGCGAGACUGUCUUUGCCAAGUAUUCCUCCUUCUCUGUUGGGCCGGCAAAGUUCUACACACUCAAGGUGUCUGGAUAUACUGGCACAGCAGGUGACUCCAUGACGUACCAUAACGGGCGGCACUUCUCCACGAGAGACAGGGACCGCUCCGACAUCCGCUUCUGUGCCAUGUCCUACCGGGGCGGCUGGUGGUACAGGAACUGUCACGAAGCUAACCUCAACGGGGUGUAUGGCACCGACCGCAACCACCAGGGCGUCAUCUGGACAACAUGGAAAGGCAAAGAGUACUCCAUCCCCUUCGUGGAGAUGAAGAUGAGGCCCACCUCCUUCAGGCCUCCUUCCCAGGGCUAGUAGCACAACCGGAGGCGGGCCGGGGCUGGCCCAGAAGAACGGAGGAUCAGGACACCACACACAACAACACAUGGCUAGCAUAAUGAUGGGCACACAGACACACACUCACAGGCAGACACACACACGGACUUACAGGCACACACACACACCCACGCGCACACACACCCACACAGACAGAGACUCACAGGAACACACACACACCGGAGCGCACGCGCGCGCACGCACACACACACACAGACACACAGACGGAGUCACAGGAACACACACACACACACACACACACACACACACACACACACACACACACACACACACACACACACACACACACACACACACACACACACACACACACACACACACACACACACACACACAGUGUUAACACAAAGUGUCAAGACUUAAUUACGUCAUUGUCAUGGAUACAGAACUUGUAUUUAAUAGCAACAUUCAUGGUACAUACAAUGCACACUUUUGCAAUUUGCACCUCUGUGAAACUGUGGGUCUUUUCCAGAAUAGCCAGUGAUUUUAUGCAUAAAAUCCUCUCCCCAUUAUGGAAACAUUUACCGGGGGAACCCAGUUAUUCAUUACUGCUCAGCUGUUUACAGGUGCUUUUGUGAGUUUUGUGUUGUGUGAAUUUUGUGAGGCAUGUUUUGUGCUGAGCCAAUGUGCUUGUACUCUUGUGUUUUGUUUGUAUCCUAAAACGGACUAUUUUUAUUAAAAAAAUGAGACACCUUGGAGAAAUAAACAAAAUGUUAUCUAAAUGAUGGCAGGGGGGUGGUGAUGUUUUUUUGUUUACUUCUUCUUUGCCCAGAUGGCUGUGUAAAAUAGCAAAGUUUUUCUAUUUUCUACAUAUUUACAAACAAGACAAAGAUUUUUCACAGAUGCAGUGCACGGUGAGACAAAUCUUUUACAGAACAAGUUGAACAUCUGAAGAAGUAGCCUACAUGGUUUUAAUGAAUGUGUGAAAGACACAAUGUCUUGUGAUGUACAUGAAUUUAUAUAUCGGCACCCAGGAAGCAUUUAUUCAAAAAUAUCAUCAUGUAUACAAAAUAAAUCUAAUCCUGAAUCUGACUAUAUUCAUUGGCUGUAACCCUCCCCAUUUAAAACAAUAUUGUGGAGACAUACAGCGUCUUUGGUUAUGAGAUCUUAAUCUCCAAUAGUAGAGAUGUACACUAAAUUUAGUCGGGCUGUGUGGACUACAAGUCUAUUGGUAGUGUCAGGAACACUCUUAUUUUAGUUUAAGAAGAAAAGAGAAAGAAAUCAUUUAGCAAUCGUAAAUCCAUUCAAUCACAUAUAUUGGUUGAAAGGGGUGGCAAACAUCUACCUGUUAUUAUUAUAGUCAAGAUGUUCAAUGUUGAUGUUGUAUUUUGUAUUUACGAUGUAUUUUUUAUUAUAUUGUCUUGGCUACUUCAUAAGCUCAUGUGGUAAUUUUAGACUGAAAAGCUAUACGAAAAUAAAGCAAUGUUUUUUCCCCGUG